GGGAGCGUGCGCACUGUCCACAUCCUGGUUGAUCACGUGUCCAAACAAAGCGUCAUCACGAGUAGUUAGCGUCUCUCUAAAGUGCAGUGUGCUCCUCUGUACUCGAGCAGCUCAAACAUAAUGAUGAAAUCCAGUCAGUGCAGUUUCUUUUAAAAACCGCAGUGUGUUGCUGUUGCAGCUAACGGCGCCGUUGGAAACAGCCUGGAUGUUAUUAUGAGCUGAACUCUGUUCUGGUGUCUCUCCUCUUCAACAUCAAUGGCCACGUGCAUCACAGAGUGGAUAACAACAUGUGCCAACAUCAUGUUGUCUGCCACAGCUCUGUACUCGUCCUAUCAACUCUUCAAGGAUCACAGAGCUCCUUCAGUAGGUCUCUUUCUGCUGGGACUCUCUGCAGGACUUUGCACUCUGCGUCCCUCCAGCUCGUACCUGGCCUCCCUCCUCAGUGAAGCGGAGUGGGCCAGUGAGGUUCUGGCCCCGGCCCUCGUCUCCUUUGGCUUCCUGUGGCUUAGUGAAGACCGUAACACCGCCCACAUCCUCCUGUGUGGCUCCUGCCUCUUCUUAGCCCUGUGUGACGGGCUGUCCUCUGACGCUCUCACGCUCAUGACUCGCUGCCUGGUCCUGUCGUCCUUGUCCUGCUGCCUGACAGUGUGCCUGUUUUCCAGUAAUGCUGUCGGGGCCCUCGGCAGCGUGGCCCUCAGUGCUCCAGUGCUUGUGGCCCCCAAGGUUGGAGCCGAGGCUGUUGUCCCGCUCCUCUCUCCAGCUGUCACCGAGUGGCUUCUGAAAGGCUCCUUGUCUGUGGGCUGUUGGGCCUCCACGCGGGGCCUUAACAAAUUCCUGUUGGAAGUGAGGACUUGGGACUGAAGUGUAAGCAUUCAGUGAAACAAUAAAGACUUGUGUGAUUAGUCAUGAGCCGUGUUCACUUGUGCACUAUUUGAAGAGCCGCUAACAAAGAGUGGACAUAGUCAGAGAUUUAAUGCAUUUAAUUUGACUCAUAAGCAUUUCAUGACAUUUGCAAAGGAAAUCUAACCAGAGGACGAGAUUGUUGUGUACAAGGACUGAAUACAAGCCAGAGUGAAGCCAACAAGGCUCUCUGUUAUCAACGGGAGCCCCACUGACUCUGAGUCAGUGUUUUCUCUAAUUUUGUGCAGCGAUGGUGCUUUGGGCAAUAAUUCUCACUUUGCCUUACAUCUGUUGUUGUUUGGGUCAAAGUUAUGUUUCAUGUUUCAGGUUGUUGGAAAAAAAAUCAUAAUUAAACACUGUAACACUUACUUUAGUUCAGACAAUAGUAACACUAAACUACAAUGUUUAUUUUAAUUUCCUGUUUUCUCUUGCUGUGGUGGUGAUUUCCUUGCUCUGAUGAUGGUGUGCCGCUCCUAGAUGAAUACAAGGGAAACACAGCUCAGUGAGCUUUCCAGCAAAUAUUAUAGACAUAAAUAAAAGAGAAUGUAAUAAACACUGAUACUUGAAUUUAAUUCUAAUAUCUAAAAGCUCUAACAGUUCAGUGUUAUAGCUAUAGUCUGUAUCGAAAGCAUGAUUCAGCACACUGCACUCCUGUGAUUAAUCCUUAGUGAAAUGUCUGAAUUGUUGAUCUAAUAUAAUGUUUGUACAUUGCACAGUAUACUGACAUACUGAUUGCAAAAAUUGUGAUCAUGUGAUGCAAACACGACACUACAACAGUGAUCCUCCGAAUAUGAUGAAUGUGCCAUGGUGAUGCUUAUCAGGCAAUUAAAAAAAAUGUAUUUGUUAACU